AUGUAACACACGCACGCACACACUCUGAGGUAGACUGUGUUAUGAUAGAUAACAUACGAUGAUCAGGGUGAGACACUGUUGGUGCUCGGUAGACUUUACGCAUGCUCAGACGUUAUCAUCAGUCUCUCUCUCCUUCUCCCUCUCCCUCCUUCUCUCAUCGGACAAGCCGAGGAGGAGCGUCUGAAUCACUGACCAGAGAGAGAGGGAGAUGGAUGGGCGGCAGGUCGCCAUAAAACAAACGGUUUCCUCCUGCAGAGCGAGGUGAGGCGACCGCAGGUGUCGGCGUGCGGCCGGGCGCGCUAAGGUGUCCUUGAAGAGGAGAAGGAAGAGGAGAAAAGGAGAAGAGGAGAAGAGGAGAGCUGUGAGGGAAGGAAAAGAAGGACUAGAUGACAUGUCCAUAGAGAGGUGAUGGAGCUUUGAGGAUGCGCUGUAGAUGACUAACCGAGAGUGAAGUUCAACCGGCCACUUAAAAAAGAGGGAAAGCAGGUGAGUUGACUCAUGGGAGCAUUUUCUACAACCAUUAAUAACACACCUGGCGUUUUAUUGACAAGACCACGUGACAAAUCAACUAAUCGACUAAUUAGUGAGGUAUCAAUCAGCCGGGGUUCAAUGAUUGAGCUGCCGGUGCCAAUCUGGAAGCGUGCGUAUAGAGUGGAGGUACACGAGUGCGCGCCUGUCUCCCGUUCAGGGAUUCGUCAUGGGUCACGGGUCGGGCUGUCAGUGGUCGUAACGACAUAAUAACACAUACUGGAGAGAGAAGAGAGAGAGAGGAGGAAAAAAAACACACAAUCUGUCUGGGGUGGGGAUCGAACCAGCGACACUGUAGGUGCAGCAGCCGCGCAGUGUCAAGACAAGCGGAGACAUUAUGUUUAGUGAUGUAAAACGACGGUUUAAUUGGAUCUGAAUGCAGCGCAGCCCUUCUGGUCCCCGUCUGUGUCCCUUCGUGCGUGUGUGUGUGUGUCUGUGUCUGUGUGUGUGUGUCCCAACCCUCUGGCGUCACAUGGGCGCAUCACCAAGGAACCGAGAUAACCUUGAAAAAAACAUCUGCCUGAACACACAGACACACACCCACUUUGCAUAACACACUCCCUGACUGAUAGAGUAACAUGUACAACCUUAAAACACCGAACACACACUCUUUAUUUACCUCUAUACCAAUACAUUAUGUAGUGUAUUUGCUGUAUUAACUUUCACUUUGAAUAAUUCAGCUGUAAUAGGUUGGCUGCAGCACAGUUCAGGCUGUUUAAUAGAUGCACCUCAUGAUAUUGAUUUUAAAAGCAUCUAAGUUGUUUAAGUAUUAAUAAGAUGUGUAUGCGCGUAUAUUUGUCAGGAAGACAGUUAACAGUCUCUUUCUGCUGCUUCGGUGUCGGCUCAUAGUAGCAGCUCACUUUGAGGUUGUGUAAGGUGUGAAAAAGCUUUCCAGAGCAGCAGCAGCAGCAUUGCAGAGGUAGCCCGAACAGUAAAUAUUAACUGGCCGAGAAGUCAGACGGGAGAAUCUGGAUGUUUUUCUGCCCUUUGUGGUUUCUUAAAGCAGCAGAUUGAGUGUAUUGUAGCCCUCCGUGACCGGAUCAUCUCAGAUGUCAACCGUGCAAACAAAUGCCUGCAGUGAUUUUUACAUGUCCACUGAGCUGUGAAGUUGUUAAAUCAACAUGCACUUUCAUCUAACCCAGAUUCAUGCCGUGAAGACAAAGUAAAUAUUCCAUCUGAGGUGGCAGGUGAAACAUUUUUGAUCUUCAAAAUUCAACCGUUUAACAGUCUGUAAUCACAAAGCAAACAGGUGUUAAAAAAAUAAAAAGCCUUCACACAUGAGCCUCCCAGCUGUUACAAUUUGCAAAAGGGCAAACCCGGCUGAUUCAUAGCAAAACUCUACAUCUCCAGGGAGAGUAAAGGCCACAUGUACUGCCACAAAUUUACAGCCUCCCCGCUCCUACCAAAUCAAAAAGGCUGCGCCACCGAGGAUGUGAGGAACAAAAGUGAGCUGGCAAAAUUACAGACUUCUGCAGAGCCAGAUCAUCAACCCAGACCGUAACUCAUCAAGGGGGUAAAAACAUGUCUCCUGAAAGGCUGUUCUUAAGAUCUGGAAUCAUGUAUCAGUCUAAUGGGGUUUGAUUUUCUGAAAUUUGCUAAGUAGUUAUUCAACUUCUUAUUUUUCAGUGUGGGUUUUCGAUUCCAUCAGAUCCACAGGCAGCAAAUCUCUCAUCACUUAACUGGCAGAAAUUUGGUCUUGAGGUGAAGUGUUGCUUAAAAAUAAAUCUUUUUGAGUUUAGUGACUUUUCUUUUAACGCCAAUGAGCCAAAAGCAUUUUUGCUCUAAUGUGAAAUGCCUUAACAGCCCUAUUUGUUUUGCUAGUCUGCAAUAAUGGUAAUUAUCCCCAGUGUGGGAUUUUUCACAGCAAAAGGGGCUGACAUCUAUGGAAUUGCCAUGAUAUUAAAUUGGCAAUCACAUCGUUUUUACUUUCCUUGAUCAAUUGCAUUCAGUAUAAAGGAUCCAUUUCUAUCAGCCAGUCUUUAUUUGCAUAGCAGUGAUUCAAAACAAGUGCUAUCUCAAAGGAUCAUGAUCAGACAGUACUCUUCUGUUAUUCAUAUAAAUCCACCUCGAGAAAAGCACUUUUCAACAUUUAGUAAGUAACCUUGGCAGAGAAAAAACUUAGCCUAUAGAGACAGAAACCUCAACCAGACGUAUGAAGAAAAUAAUAGCUCAUAGUCAUAAUACAGACUCCUGAGUCCAGCUCAAACACCACUGUGCCUAUGUAAAGCCUCAGAAUACAUGUGAGCAGACAGUUUGGCAUGUCCCCAAUUUACUCAAAGUGUGGUUCAAAUGCAAACUGACUCUUGAAUUGAUCAUGUAGCUGAAGCAUGCGGCUUCAGAGUUAAGUAGGUUCAGGUGCAAUGGCUGUCCUAGAUUUAGUGUCAGAUGGACAGUUUAUUGUACAGCUCUGAAAAACUGGCGAAUGUCGUCUUUGGGGGUAGAAAUACAGCACGGUAAAAAAAAAAAAAAAAAAAGCUGUUUUUCUGUUCUCCUUCUGUUAUUUAACUUUUUGAAUGUCUUUUUUGUUUGUAAUUCUACAUACUGUUACCACUGCACCCACUUCUACAGCUUUAAGUGGGCCUGUAUGCUCCCGUAUGCAGUGCCACCAUGGGACUGUUUUUACAUACAUCGAUGGAACUUCUCUUGCUCCAAUAAGCAUCUUCAAUAGCACCUCAAAUAGCCUAAAAUAUAUUAUCAGUAUGUAACUCUGGAGUCUUUUUGCAGGUGUUACACGAUGCUUACUUGUCUUUUAAGGCUGGAGAGAAACAACAGAUUUAUGAAAACUUGCAAGUCUCUGCAGCAUUGGAUAAAAGAGUAUAAUGAUUGGAUUAGAGGGAAGUGAUGCAGGGAUGCAGAGGUUCAUUGUUUGUGUAACACUGUGAGGUAGUUUCUUCAAUUAUGGAUGUAUCUUCUGCUAUACUAACUCAACAGCAAUGAGGGGAGUACUGGUACUUUUUCCAUACUGUGUGUCAAUUUGCACACAGAGGUUGGUUUUCUUUUUAAUACAACUAAGAAAAAAUAUUAGCUUCAAGGUGCCUUUGGGGAAAUAACUGAGCACUGUGCUCCCAUUGCCUUUGCAUGAAUAAACAUUAUGUCAUGUGAGAGUAUUCCCAGUUUGUGGAGGAAGCGGUGAACUGCUGAGUGUUUUACAACCUGAAAUGCAGCAGCGGUUUUGUGCUGUGUGGCACCUGCAGGACCAGAUUGCUGCAGAGAGCUGUUACUACAUGGGUUAUAAACCAAGUCAUCUGUGCAGCAGGAACUUAAAAAGACAGAAAAGAAGAAGAAACAGAAAGAAAGAGCAGAGGGAGAUUUUUGGGACUGAUCUUCUGGAGUCAAAUCAUGUAUGUUGGUUACUUACGUAAGAGCAAAUACCUUUAUACUUAAGCUGACUAAGAAAUAUCUAAACUUAGAAACAGGAGAGGAAAAGACAAACGCAGAAAAAGCAGAUCCAGAUUGAUGGAAAGCAAAUGAGGCAGGAAGUACUCACUUAUGUAACUGUCAUUGCCAACAAACUCAACCCCCAGUGAAGGUCAUGUUAUCUACAGAGACCAGAGGUGGUGAUAAUGGCAUUGCUAAUCCCUCAUAAUGUCUCCUGUGGUUCUGCAAAUAUGAACUCGAUGUGAACCUUCACCACAUAGAAAAAAAAACCGAUUAACCCAGUGAUUACCUAGACAGCUAAAGCCUGUGCGGAGUCCCUGCCAAAGACAGGGGCGCAUGGGAAGUUGUGAGUCACUGCUAUUAUUAUCUCGGAUAUGAAAGAUAUAUGAGAGAUCUUGAAGGAGGAAGACGAGAUGGGAUCUGCUGAAGAGUGUGUGAGUAAAAUAUGUAUCCAACGUGGCUCUAAAAGUGUCUUUUCUUUUCCUUCCAGGUGUCUGUUGUCGUUUCAAAAUGGAGUCCACUCACCUCCUGAGUGGCUCUAAGAAGAGAGUCAAGAUCCACCCUCACACCGUCACAGCCAAAUACGCCACGCACACCCCCUUCUCCCCCCAACCCGGAGUGCACCAACACUUCCCUCAACCAGGGGAUGAAGGCUACGAUGACGCUCCCUCUUUUGAGGACUUUGGCUCCUUCCUGGAGGAGACGUCAGACAGGAAACGUCUAACGGAAGGCAAGAGGUGGCCUUUGACUCUCUUUAGCUCUAAAGACAAGGACACGGCCAGUAGACCUCAGACUGCUGCUGCUGGAGGAGGAGGGGAGACAAGUGAUGGGGGAGUAAAAGCAGCAAAAGGGUCUGGGAGAGGAGUCGGGGAGCAGCUGGCCAGUUUCGGAGAAGCUUCUGUGUCUGCUUCUCGGCUAACGUGGGUUGGCUUGCUUGGUGCGGCGUUGGCUCAUGGUUGCCUGAUUGUUCUGACCCGUCUCGCCACUGAACGCUACAGCCUGGGCCCCCUUUUCUUGCUUAUGGUGCGGUCCAUCGUGCAGCUCGUCUCUUUGGCUGUACCGCUGCACAGAGGAGAGAACCCUUUUGGACCGGAUGGCUAUCGUAUACGUCUGCUCUGUUACGGCAUCGCCUACUCUCUCUCCCUCUGCUGUGCCUACGCGUCCCUAACAUUUGUCUCUCCGGGAAAUGGCACAACAACCUGGCGCUUGGCAACCACAGGGCUGUCGGCCAUUUUGGCUUUCCUGCUCCUGGAGGAGAGGCUGGGGUUGGCGGAUGGGAUCACCAUAGCUGCAGGACUUUGCGGUUUGGGGCUUGUGUUGCUCCCCACGGUAGACGAGAACAAUUCAGAUUCACCGACCGAUCCAGUUGUGUUCUGGAAGGGAGCGUUCGGGUGGUCCCUCUCUGCUCUCGCAGGGCUGUGGAUGGCUCUGGCGUUGGUUGGGUAUCGCUCCCUGAAGGAGAGGGUGGGAGUGGGCACAGCUUUGUUCACAGUCAGCUGGACAGGCUGCCUGCUCUCCCCUGCCACCUUGAUACUUCUUCAAGAGGGAUGGUCCUGGCCUAUGAGCGCUGAAGCUUGGGGCGUCAUCCUGGGCCUGGUUGCCUGCUCUGUAGCAGCCUUCCUUGGGAUGACGCACGCCCUCACCCGGCUCCACCCGGCUCUGGUGUCUGCCUCACAGAGCCUGGAGAUACCUGUCGCCAUGCUGCUCCAUCUGGCCGUGCUGCCUUUGGCUCCAAGUGCGCCGGAGGUCGUUGGGAACGUGAUGGUCAUACUGAGUGUGGGCUGGCUGGUGGCGAUGAAGCUGCUUCCUUCUCGUGGGGCAGGGCGCCGCCAGAGGGAGGAGUAUGAGGAGAUCCUGGACUCGCCGAUCAAAUAGACUUCUUUUCUCACCUCUUCACUCCUUUCCCCCCACACCCCCUCUUUCAUGAGAUUGUUUCUGUUGUACAUAAAAGACUGCUAAAUGUUUACUGGAGCCUGAUCUAUUUUGUAUUGUCCUUCUGCUUUUGGGAAAGUGCCAAUGAUGUGUUGUGUGUCGUUGUGAUAUCGUGACGUGACAUUAAAAUCUCUCUGAGGAAUGCUUGUGGC